ACACUUACUCACAUAGCAAUAUCAAACGUGGAAGGCUCAGACUUGUAAAGUGAAAAUACCUCCGGUAACACAUAACUAAGCUUGCAUGAGUUGAGAGAGAAAAUAUAGGAACAUUUAUUAUCAAGAAUCCUGAAAUAGCAUUUACACUCAUCUCAUGUUCGCUUAUUUAUGUUUAAUUAUUUCUGGAAGCGCCAGAGUUCUUCGACUCUGAAAAUAGCACCAUUUGCUGGUAUCUUAAUGAAGGUGGUUAUAUUUGUAUAAGGGACGACGUAAAUGGUUUUUGUGUGUUCGGAGCGAGCGGUUUUCUGAUGUGAACACUUCAGUAAAUAGAGUCUGGAUACUACUACCCCAGCAACAGACUCCCUGCUGCCCGUCCAGCUUCGCCCAUCCUGUCCUACUACAGCCGCCCAGACCCCGGGAAUGCUAAAACUCAUUAUUCUGAAACGUCUAGCUGGAAGAAAGCUUUGUUUUCGCCGUUAAAAGUGAAAUUUUGUUUCUACAGUAACAAUUUUCGUACAGUUUGUGCUCGUUUAAUAUAGCUUCCAAUUCAUUCCGUCGAUUUUCUGUGAUUUUGUUUACCUGGAAGAAGAUAUGUCGGUAAUAUCAACUUGAAAGGAAAACUGACCUUUAACCUGACAUUGAAUCUUGUAUCUCUGCGAAGACCUGCUGAACACACUGCACUUAAGAGGCUCAAGUCUGUCUCGAUUGAUUAUCUAGCGAGAUUAAACUAAAUAAAAACUGGUUUGUCUCUCCUUCGGCAUUGUUAGUUUUAUUACUUGUCAAAGUCUCACACUCCUUUUCCCGCCAAAACAUAUCUCAGUCAGCUUUAGAAAGUUGCCUGUGUCCAGGACUGCUCAUAGGUUCCCUCUCUGUAUUAUCCGAACCAGCUGUUAAUGAUGGCCAUGAUAAACAACGUGAAAGAUUCCCGCUGGUUGCAGCUUGAAGUAUGCCGAGAAUACCAAAGGAACAAAUGCAGUCGUCCCGAUACGGAAUGUAAGUUUGCUCAUCCGCCCGCAAAUGUUGAAGUCCAGAACGGCCGAGUUAUAGCGUGUUACGAUUCCAUUAAGGGCCGGUGUAACAGAGAGAAACCCCCAUGUAAAUAUUUCCACCCACCACAACAUCUUAAGGAUCAGCUACUCAUCACAGGUCGAAACCACCUAGCCCUGAAGAAUGCCCUGUUGCAGCAUGUACCACUUCAGCCGGUUUUGCCAGGCCAACUAUCUUCUGUGGUAAGUGGCACCCCUAUCCUACUAUAUGCUCCACUCGCGCAGCAUCUUGCACAACAACAGCAUGAUAUAGGAGUGUCACUCCUCACCAGCAGUAAAGUCUCCAAGGCAACUGCAAAUCCAUACUUAGCUACACUUCCUACUGUGGCAUCAGCAGCAUCUUUUGCUCACUACUUGAACCCAAGUCCCUUGUUUGGUUUAAUUCCAGCAGAUGCAAUGGCAACACCACUUAGUACUGUUCCGACUCCUCAGGUUACUCCACAGAAAGUACCUCGUACUGACAGAUUAGAGGUAUGUCGAGAGUUCCAGCGUGGGAAUUGUAAGCGAGUGGAAACUGAAUGCCGCUUUGCUCACCCUCCUGAGCAUGUGACAGUGGACAGUGCUGAAGGCAUGGUGACGGUCUGUAUGGAUUUCAUUAAGGGACGAUGCACGCGAGAACCAUGUCGUUACUUUCACCCCCCACCUCACUUACAGUCUCAGCUAAAGGCUGCCCAGAGUCGUGCUAAUGCUGCAGCUCUGCCGCACGUGGUUGAGACCUUGAUCAGCAAGAAGCGCCCGCGUCAUCCUGCUGAUGACCUGAUUCUGGCAUUCCCAGGAAUGGUCCCCUACACAAAGCGUCCAGCUAUGGACAAAAGUGGAGUCCCAGUUUUUCAGCCUAGUGCUACUGCAGCAUACCAACAAGCAUUAGCCAUGCAGCCAUUUGUGCCUGUUUCAUUUGCUGGACAUCCCACAGUUGUGCCAAGAUUUUAGGAAAUUUGGUCAAGCUGAAAGCAGAGCUCAUGCAGAUAUAUUUAAAGACAAUUUUGGACCUUCAAUUAAGUAAAGAGUCUGCCUGUGAACAGGGAGAAAGAAGAACCCUACCAUAUGGGCUUGAUAUCAUAGUUCUUUCAGAUGUUUUUUUUGUCACAAAUCAUAUGUACAGGGCAGUUUCCCUCACCUGUUGUGGUGUUCUUUGUCCAGGGGGCAUCACUGAAUCUUCCACCUAUGUUGGAAGUCUUAAGCAUUGAAGUAACAUUAAGGUAAAAUGGACUUGCUAUAAAUUAAGUCAAGUUAGAUUAGGAAUAACAAUAAGCUUAGCAGUCUGAAGUGUCACUAUAUCUGCAUGGCAUCAACGAACCACAAGAAGACUUGGAGCCACUGCAAAUGAUCUAGUCACUAAAGGAAAAGCAAAGCAGAAUCUAAGAAUAUGUUCAUAAUAUGUGGAAACUCUUGUGUGCCAUUUUUAGUGCAGCUCCCUGGAUGAUUAGAACAAUAUACUCUUGCAAGUAAACCCGUUAUAAUUUUUUAUAUUUAUGUCUAUAUAUUCUGAAUAACCAAUGAUAUAAAAAUCUUUUCUUUUAAUGAAUUAGGAAAAAAAAUUGAAUAUAUAUCUUAGGCUAUGCAAGUCAUGAGAAAUGUGAUUAUCAUAUCCAAUGCUGAUUGUCAUGUUUCUAGAUUUGUUUUUUUUUAGUAUAUUUCUUUUUACAAAAAAAAUUAUUACCAAAUGUUAUACAUGGAAUGCAUUAGUUUAAAGGGUCUUGACGUUACCAGUCUUAUGAGAGGUACACUUUAAGGAUUCUCGUAAUACCAAGUCAUAUGUUUCCCAAAAAACCUUUGGGCAAUUUUAAGAUUGCAUCUUCUAAAAGGAAAGGCUUUUGAGAAAAAAAAAAAAUGGAGAGGAUAUUUUUAAUAAUGUUGUUUUUUGUAUGCAAAGUUGUUUUACUAUUGCAAUCAUAUCUUUAUAAAUGCUAAUGACAAAUUGAAUAAAAUAAUUUAAAGUGGUUGUAGUGUUUCUUGUCUACUAUUGUUGAUGGUGUUGGUUUUAUAGAAAUAUAACCUUCAUGCAAAAAUAACUGAUGUAAAUCUCAUUGCCCCAUACUUAGAUUGAGCUGUUAUAGUCUAUUCUGAGUACUAGGUAAUGAAUUAUUAAAAUGUAUUAUAUAAUGUAUAUGCUACUGUUAUCUAUAAUUAUAUACAAGCCCAUCAUAAAGUCUUAAGUGCUGUUCAAAUACAGCUAGAGAAGAGAUUAGGUAAUAUAAUACAUCCAAUUGUAGGGUUUCUAAUGUAUUGAAAAGUGUGAAAGGAGGCUUUACGUUAGGCUUAAUAAGUUUCUGGGCUGUAAAAUAUGAAUUCUAUUAGAUUUUUCUCAAUAACUCUUGUUAUAUUGCAUAAUUAUAUAACAGCUUUAAGAUCAACAUUCUUAACUGCUUUAUUUUUAACAAUAUAGCUAGGUCACAAGCAGGUUCAAGGAGAUUCAGAUGUGUUUAUAUAAUGUAUUUUUAUCGAGCUUAAAACUUUUUAUCAUACAUGAGUCUUAUUCUCUGUAAGUACCAGACAAUCUUCAUCACAGGAGAAAGGUCUGUCUUUUACUAGCUGUGCAAAUGCCUAAUUUGAAACUACUUUAUUGUCAAAUUCUGUGAUUGGUCCCAUUCAUGCUUCCUGUUUUAACAGACAUAUUCUGCCCAUAUCAACUUGGAAUGUACCUUCUUGGUUUAUUGUUUUGCAUAUUUUGUCCAAAAAAGAAUGGAUAAGCUAAAUGUAUUGUUAUUAUUUCAGAAGCCUUAAAGGCACUGCAUUCAUUGCAUUGUUGAUGUAUCAUCACUAAUGGUAUACAACAUACAUUUGAGACAUUAUGUUUUGUUUUUCAUAUGAUAAUUUGUUUAUUGAAUUUUAGUUUGUGAUGGUUGUUAAUAUUACAAGAAUAGUUUGGAUAAAGAGUAACAUGUUUCCUCCUGUUUUGCAUACAUAGCUAAUAAAUAUGUAAAGAAAAUUAUUAUGUGUAAUUCAGCAUACAGAUCAUAAUUUUUUUAACAUUUAAUACUUUGCUAGUUCUUUGUUCUUGUAAGUAACAAAACAAAUGACCAAGAGUAGAUAAUCAACAAACUUCUGGAGUGUCAAUAUUCUUUAUAAAAAAAAGUUAUUUCUAUCUGCAUGAAUAGAUGUAUGUAAAAAACCUUUAUAAACAACAUUCCAGCAUGAUCUUUGUGAUCUCUCGCUGAUGUUGACAAAAGAACGUCUUACUAAUAGGUCUUUUUGAUCCAUUUCCAAGUACAUAGGUAAACCCUUUGCUGUCUGCUAAACUGGAUUAUGUGGGUUUGGGGUAAUAGGAAGUAUGUUUUAUACUCAUACCCUUUACCUUGAAUUAAUAAAGCAUAUUUUAGGAUUAUAGUAGUCGAAUUUCUCUGAAUAGUCAUGAGUUGUUGCUACAGAACUUGUCUAAAUCAGAUUUAUAUCAUAUUUACCAAACUUUGAUCAUUUAGUGGUCAGAUAAUUGGCAAAUCUACAAGAAUAUAGUUGGUUAGUAUGCUGAUUUCUAUCUUGUACUUGAUAAUUGUGUUAAUUGAUUUGUUAACUGCUUGAUAAAUCAACUUAACCUGAUUGUUUAGGCUGUUGGUUAGGUAAUUAACCAAUCAUGCUAAUUAAUUAGUUCACUGAUUGUUAUUCAGGGUGUGUAGUUAACUGAUCUGUUGUAUAAUUGAGACAGAAAACUAGCCAAACUGAGAAGGUUGUUAGGUAAUUAUUUGAUUGAUGUUCCAUAGAGUUCCAGUCCAUAGUAUCUAAUGUCAAUAAAGUGAUUGUACUGUGUAAGAAAAAACAAUUUGCCAGACUUAUGUUGAUAGAAGUUCCUUUUUUUUUCAGUAGUUAAAACCCAGGAUUGUCUGUACACUUUUAUUAUCUUGAUCUCUUAUCAUAAGGAACUUUAAAUUCAUUAUUCAUCAUUGGUUCAUUGUAUGCAUAUCAUUGUUGUCUUGACUUCUGUGGAAAAAAACAUUUAAUACUGUUUGGAGUUUCAGUAUUUCAAAACUUAUACAGAUUUUUUGAUCACAAAAGUUUUGUAUUGAAUUUAAACUAAUUCACUGUUCAAUGAUUGCUAAUUGUGCUCUCUCUGCUUUUGGAAAGGUAUUUGUGAAGAAAGAAAGAUUUAACAUUUCAGUUUAAUAAUUUCUGUUAAUAUAAUGUGUGGUAUUGAUUCAAAGUUUUCUAACAGUUGGUAUUACUGCCAAUACAAUAUUGUUAAAUUGUGGUACCUGCAGUCUUGUGUAAGUAGCAAUGUCUGGACUUUAAUUAAAAAUUCUUGUUACUGGAAGUUUGACUACUAAAGUCUUGCUAAUCAUAGUGGUGCCCUUCUGUGUAAAAUAAUAGGUUAAAUAUACAUGAAAUAAUUCGAAUAUAGCAUGAAAGAAUCAAAUAAAUGUGUUAUGUUUUUUUUAUAUAAGUAUUUUGUAAAAUCAAAUUCUUGUAUAAUGAAUUUAGAUUGGUUGUUAUUUUUCCAAACUCUGUUCUAACUUUAUUGUGUAUUAGGAAACAAAUAAGUAAAAUAUAUUGUAUUUUUCUAACAAACAGAAAUAAAUCAGGUAUGUCAAAAAGUGGCAUAAAUGGGUAUAAGGUAUCAUAAACUAUUCAUUCGCCCAUUUGUUUCGUUAAUGGAUCUCUCUGUUAAAAUAUCAUGUUGAAAUGACAUAUUGAAGAAUUUAAAUUAUAAAUAUGGAUGUUUAAUAAAAUUAAUAAGUUACGUGCAUUUGAAAUAAAUAUCUAAACAAAUCCUUCCAGUACUGGACCUUGCUGCUUCCACAUAUUUUAGAACUACAAGUAGGUGUAAAUUGCUGAAGAAUCUAUUGUUAUAUUAUUAUUAUUAAUAGGGAAGAGAAAGUAAAUUAUUUGGUAGAGAAUACUUCCAAGGUCCUCAAGAUUUCAUACUGUGGCACUCAACAAAAGUAACUAAGCUUUUCUGAAUACAUGAGAACUACUCACUAGCAUAGCAAUUCUAAGACUAGAGGUACUGCAAUGUUUCUUGUUGCAAGAUGACAGUAGUUUUGAAUCAGUCAGCUAAACCUUGGUUCAUAUAGUAACUGUUUUCUUUUUCAGGUCACAAGGCAUUAGAAUAAGUUUUUUUUUUCCUGGUGAAUGUAGUAAGCCUUGUAGAAUUAACAGUUACCCACACACCAAGCUGUAUUACUAGAAUGUCCGUAUAUUGGAAAUAAAGAUACAUUUAUACCCUAUUA